CGUGCAUCACCCAAAACUGUCCGGCGGAUGUUGUUCCACGGGCCUUGCCACAAAAACAAUGGCGAGCGGGAUCGGCAAACACAAGAUACUGAAUGUGGGACCUACAGAGCCAUGGUCAAUCAGGGAGAAAUUAUGUCUGGCCUCAUCUGUUAUGAGGAGUGGAGACCAAAACUGGGUGUCUGUAAGCAGAGCCAUCAAGCCUUUCUCAGAGCCUGGUCGACCUCCUGACUGGUUCUCUCAGAAGCACUGUGCCUCACAAUAUUCUGAGCUGCUUGAAGCCACAGAAGCACCAAAACGCAAGCGUGGGGAGAAGGGAGAGGUGGUGGAGACGAUCGAAGAUGUCAUCGUCCGUAGGCUGACCAGUGAAAGGAUUGAGGAAUUAAAAAGAUUACAGAGAGACACACAGGAGCAGUACAGAAAACUGAAGAAGGAGGUGGAACUGAUACAGUCGGGUCACAUGGACUCCCAGCUCAAAGAUCUGUGGGCAGAAAUCACACUAAAGAAGAAACAGGAGGAGGAGGAAGCAGAACAGAAGAGGAAAGCCACAGAGAUGGCGUACCAAGCGCGCCAGGCACUGAAAAACACGCCGAAGCGCCUCACCAGUGUGACGGUCCGUUCUCCUCUGGGGUCCAGCCCCCCGACCCACGACUCUCAGGCAGACUCUGCGGUUCCCACGCCGCCCAUGGACACUGAAGGCGUCCCUUCAGAGGACACCACCAUCCACUCAGUUGCCCAGGGGGUCGGGGUGUUUCUGCCAGCAGCUGACCCUCCGGUGUCGGGACCAAAAGACCUGGCGAAUCUGGUUGAUGACUCGCCACAGAAGAGACUGCUGACGCAGAAAGCCACGCCGCCGCCGUCACCUCUGUUAUCAGAGCUGCUGAAGAAGGGAAACCUCAUAUCAGCCAGCCCACGCCUGGUAUCCGAAGGAGACACAACCAAUUUAACGAACGGUCUGCAGACUGCAGCUGUAGUGCAGAGUCACGAAGUUUUUACAGAGGGCGAUGCUGAAGCUGCGGUGAAGGCAGAACUCGGUGAGGAGACGGGGCUGGCUGAGGAGGAUCUUGUAGCUGUUUCCUACAUGGGAGAUGAGCUGGACCUGGAGACUGUGGGCGACAUCAUUGCCAUCAUAGAGGAGAAGGUGGACGACUCCGUUGAAGCUUUAGACGCAGCUGCCGUGGAGGCGGCUCUAUCUCUCUGCGAGGAAGCGGUUUCCGAAGGCCACACCCUCCCCGGGCCGUGGGAGACCCAGGAGCUGAAGCCUUCAGAACCCCCCGUCCAGCAGGAGCAUCAGGAUGUUCCCAGCAUGCUGACCCCGUCCUCCAGCAGCAAUCAGGAGACACAGAACCAGCCGGACGUUAAAAGAGAAGAACAGUUCAAGGGGAGCGGGGAAGGCGCCGAGGUGGCGGGAAGCGACGUCACCUCCUCGGUCGCUUCCGACGACGGCGCGGCUGGGUGUGAAGUGGCAGAGGAGGGGGCUGCAGUGAAGGAGGCUGCAGACGCUGCGGUGAAGAGUGAAGGAGAGGACUGGAGCCAGACUGAGGCCAACCCUCCAUGUCUCGACUCAGAGGACAGUUCUGUUUCAGGGAAGGAGUCCAAGGAGGUGAAGGAAGAGGAGGGGGGCAGUGAGGCUGACCCCGAUGAAGGGAUGGAGCUGAAGGAGGACUGCGGGGAGGGGGACGGUCCCUACCUGUCAGAGGUGGAGCGGGCCGCCAGCGAGAGCGAGGACGGCUACGGUCCGCCCUCCCAGCGCUACACCGUGGAUUCACUGGCCAGCAGCCCGGCCUCCUCCUCCCAGCUCUCCACAUGUGGAGAGGACCAGGAGGCCGUCCAGGCGCAGAAGAUCUGGAAGAAAGCCAUCAUGCUUGUGUGGAGAGCUGCAGCCAAUCACAGGUACGCCAGCGUCUUCCUGCAGCCUGUGUCAGACGAUAUCGCCCCCGGUUACCACAGCAUUGUGCACAGGUAAGAAAACACAAACGCACACAUUGUAAC